AUGAGCUACUCGGGUCGCCAUGACAAGUGGAUCUGGAAGAUGCCCUGCCAAUUUCGCCUAUUCCUGUUGAAAUGGGCCACUGAGCCCAACAAAACAUCCAUCACCGGUGUAGAUACUUGGUUAUGGCACCCCUCGGGCAAUAUCGUCUUGCUGGUUGAAAAAACGGGUCAGGUUAUCGAUGAGCGAGACGAGGAAGUUGGUUAUGCAAAGCCCGUGGAGGCAGCUCAGGCUCAUUGUGAAAAGGAGGCCACAGCUUCGUGUGAGGUGGAAAAGGCUACGCUCAGUCAGAUCGAAAAAGUCGAAUGCGAAAGGAAGAUGACCGGGACGUGCAAUGCCAACGCUACCGCCACUGCCGAAGUGUUGAAGGCUCGAUGUGCACAACAGAAGGCUGGAUGCGACAAGAUCGCUGAGACGGCCAACUCUCUUGAAGCAAUAAAGGCGCAAUUCGAGGAUGAGAACGUCACCCUUGGUCAGACAAAGAGGGCUGAAUGUGAAAAGGGGAUGGCGGAGAAGUGCGAGUUGAGACUUCUGCGGCAGUCGCAGCAUUAA